CACUGUUAGUCAACUGAGGCUGAAAUUCGAUAGCUUCUUCUACGGUGUCAUCAGUUAACCCUAAACACUUCUAGAAAGCUCUGCACGUUUCCAGUUAGUUGUACUACCCACAGAAACUAUGAGACGCAUAUUUGAUGAUUCUGAAAAAAGGAACUUGGCUGUCGUUAUUGUGACAAUAAUCCUGUUACGAUGUCAUGAUGUCAUGUCACAGAAUCAAGGUGGAGCCACUUCAGGAAGGCUAAGUAGCAGUUGUGAAACGCAAGAAGUGGCGGACUUAAUGCUAAAGCCACAGGAAGUCCAAAUGUUAACGACGGAAGAAUUUCUCAACAGAACUCAACAGUUGCUAUGCCAACCUGAUUCUGAAGUCUUACGCGUCGGCCUGAUGCGACUAAGUAACAGACUGAAUGAGUUGGAUCUUAAUAAUUCCAUGGAACUGUACAAGAUAACUAAGGAUAAACUGUCGAAUAAAAGGAAUGAAGUACAGCCAAUAUUUAAGGCCUUACGUCAGAAUGUCGUCACCAAGCUGGGUGAUCCCCGGAUGUGGACUGCAGAAAAUUUUACAACUUCUGAUGUUCAGGAUCUCCUUCUGACAAGUUGUCCGAGCAUUUUGAUGAACAUACAAAACAAAUCAUUAAUUCAGAAUGUCAUAACAGCCUCUUCUGGACAGAACAUAAGACCAGAGAUUACUGCUGCCCUCUCACGGAUAAAGCUAAGAAUGCAUGGUGAUCCCGGGAUGUGGAAUUCAACAUACCUGACAAGUGAAAUGAAUGAUAUUUUCCAAAACAUGCUUCCCUGUCAGGUGGUGCAGAUUAAUGGUUCUGCUGUAAGUUUUGACU